AGCGAAACUCACUAUAGUCAGAAGGCCAUAUAACGAUGCCAGAAUCGUGGCAAGACCUUCAAGACAAUAGCAAUGAUAUAGACAACUCUGAAAUUCAAGAUGAAGACGAAGAAGUAAACGAGUAUAAAGAUCCGGUUGAGGAAUACACCGAAGGCUCGAGACAGAUAGAGGCACUUGGAUUGAUGGACAUAGGACCUAUGGGAUCAUGGUCUGUGUCUUCUUUCAAACAAGGUUGUGGCGUGAAGGAACUUCGGGAGGAUACGCCACUAUCAUUUUGGCAAUCAGAUGGACCUCAACCGCACCAUUUGGAUAUUCAUUUUAGCAAAAGGGUUAUAGUGUCCAGGGUUUCAAUCUUUACCGAUUACUCGUUAGAUGAAUCGUACACACCUUCAAAGAUCCUUGUGCUAUCAGGAACAGGAUUCCAUGAUUUGGUUGAGGUUAUGACUUUAGAACUUGAUAGACCUAGCGGUUGGAACCACGCAGUAUUCACUGAGAUCCAAGGAAACAAAGAAGGGUUGAAGACCUUCUUGAUACGUAUACUUGUUGUAUCUAACCACCAACAUGGGAAAGAUACACAUUUACGAUCAGUGAAAGUAUAUUCACCGCAGACGACUCACACAUUUGACACCAGCGUUCUUGGUCCAUUCACUAGUCGUGUUUUACUAUCAGAAUCCACAAUUAGGUGAAUAAAGACAAAUGUUCUC